GCUAAAUUGUCAACACCGGCUGCUGUCAUCGGGAGAAAUUAGUUCACUCACCUGAAAAGCAAAAAACGAAAAAAAUAUAAAAAUAUUUUACCAAUAAAAUAAAUAAUUAUUUUCAUUCAAUUUGUUUAAAUAAAUUACCAGAAAAUAAUGUGUUAAUUGUACGUAGUAUUAUUUAAAGUAUUUCUAUAUUUAAUUAUUGGCAAAUCUAUUACACAAUGAAAACAAAAGUCAAGUGCGUUGUCUGUGAAAAAUAAUAAAAGAACGGACGGAAAAGAGAAAGAACGAGCCAACAACAUAAAUAUAUCCAACCAACAAGAGAAGAAAUAGAAAGCCAACCAACCAACAAAACUUCCAAAUCAAUUUAUUUUACCAAAUGAAAAAAUAGGCAAAAAAAAAACGAAUAUGAAUAUAUAGAAUAUAAUUGAAAAGGCAAAAAUAUGUUUUAAACUUGGCGUUAAACAAAAUAAAAACGACACGGAAAAAUUAUUGAACCAUGUUCAAGAACAACAAAAAGCAUUUAAUAAUUUGAGUGUGAAAACGAUAGUAGCAGCAGAAGCAACAACAGCAACAAAAGACAUAAAUAGUAAUUGGAUAAAAGACAACAAAAUGUGUGUAAAUAACACACUGCAGCAGCGAAAACAACAAUACAAACACCAGCAAGUUGAUGAAGACGACGACGAUGACGAGGGAACAGCAGCAGCAAUUAAACACAACAAUUGCAACUAUUUUAGCAAUAAUAGGAAUAUCUGUAAUAGUUUGAAUAUCAGCAGGACUAAUAUAACAACACAAUGUUUACAUCAGCAGCAAUAUAAUGCAAUAACAACGACAACAACAGCAGCAGCAUCAGUAUCAUCAGCAACAGCAACUUUUAAUUGUAAAUACAGACGGAAACAUAUUUUACUGUUGCUGUUGGUAUUGUUUCACAUUUGCUCCAGCUUUUUGACACAUGUCUCAGCCUACAAUUGCACAGCGCCUGGUGGUCACUGUCAGAAUGACGGCAAGUGCAAGGAGGAUGUUGGUCAGUGUAUUUGUGCUGAUGGUUGGCAGGGUCCCGAAUGCCAAUUUUGUGGUGGCAAAGUUAGAAUGUAUCACCAGAACGGUAUCAUACACGAUGGCUGGGGUAAUUACUCCGUAAGCGUGAAAUGUAGUUGGCUAAUUGAUACCAAACAUUGGAGUCAUAAACAUGGUAAGCCGCCCACUAUACGCAUGCAUUUGCGAGAAUUUGCAACAGAAUGUGGCUGGGAUCAUUUGUACAUAUACGAUGGUGAUAGUGUAGAUUCUCCGCUUUUAGCUGUUUUUAGUGGCCUUAUGUAUAGAGGCAAUUUUUCCAUACGCAGCGUACCACAAGUUAUAGCACGUUCGGGCACAGCUUUGUUGCAUUUCUUCAGCGAUGAUGCCUACAAUAUGUCCGGUUUUAAUUUGUCAUAUCGCAUGAAUGCCUGUCCCAGUGAUAAUGAGGAAAUUGAAUGUUCGGGUCAUGGCAAAUGUAAAGAUGGUUUCUGUAUCUGUGAUUCAUUGUAUAGUGGCGAAGCCUGCAAUAUAGCCUCAUGUCCGAACAAUUGUAUGGAGGAUAAAAAUCACGGUGAUUGUAAUUUGGAAGAAGAGAGAUGUAUUUGCAAAGAAGAAUAUGGUGGCAAUGAUUGUGGCCAGUUGAAGGCGCAUGGUGUUUGGUCGAGUGUCAAUACGAAACAGUCGUUGCCACCACCUGGUACAGCGUCGCAUGCUGCUGCUGUGUGGCGUGAUACCAUGUACAUUAUUGCCGGUGAAUCAUAUGGUCGUGGUAAACUCAUGACCACCUAUGAUUUCAAUGGCAAUGUCUGGGAAACUGUUCACACUGAGAAAGGCAGCACGGUGCCGGAUCAACGUUACGGCAUGUCCACCGUUAUGUAUGGCGAUAAAAUCUUCAUGUAUGGCGGUGUUGUCAAAGGUUCGGGCAUUUCCAAUGAACUUUGGGCCUUUGAUGUCUCUGCCAAGUCUUGGGAAAAUAUUACCGUCAAUGCAGAACCUUGCAAUACUCUUAAUACACCAUAUGCCAUGUGCGGUCCGUUACAUGUUACGGGACACACUGCCACAUUAGUGCCUGGUUUUGGUGACAAACACAGCUACCCCUACAUGGUGGUGAUCUUUGGUCGUUCUCCCCAAUAUGGCUACUUAAAUACGGUGCAAGAAUUCAAUUUUGGUACCAGAGAAUGGAAAAUUGUGGAGACCACAGGCUAUGUGGUCAAGGGUGGUUUCAGCCACAGUGCUGCCUACGAUUAUUUGACGGAGAAAAUCUAUGUUUACGGCGGCAUUGUAUCGGAAUCAGAAGCCAGCCAAUAUAUUACAACACGUUUGUAUGCAUACUCACCCUCCACGCAUACGUGGUCGCUGUUGUCAUCAGCUCCAAGUGCACGUCUUUUGCAUACGGCCAACUUUGUCAAUCAAGGUUUAAUGAUGGUUUUCGGUGGCAAUACUCACAAUGACACAGCCGAAAGCUAUGGAGCCAAAUGUUAUAGUCAGGAUUUAUUAGUGUACGAUGUUUUUUGUGAUUCAUGGCAUAAACAAAACAUUCCAAUGCAUUUACAAGCAGAUUUAGCCAGAUUCGGUCAUAGUUCGGUAGUUUUUGAAGAUAAUCUUUAUAUUUAUGGCGGCUUCAAUGGCCAACUACUCAACGACAUGUUACGCUUCUCCCCCGGCUACUGUAGUUAUUAUACGAAAGAAGAGAAAUGCACAAAUGCCCGACCGGGUGUCAAGUGUAUUUGGGAUGUGCAGAAAAUGAGAUGCAUUCCCAUUACGCGAGUACAACGGUCAGCCAUUUAUGGACGGGAGCAUUACGAUUACAUUGCAUGUCCCUCCAAAAGUCGUAUAACCAUGACUUCGGAACUUUUGCAGGAUGUAACACGCUGCCAAGAGCUGAAUAAUUGUCAGUCAUGUGUGGCGAAUUCAUAUGGUUGCACCUAUUGCGGCAGUGGUGUUUGCACGAAGGAACGUUGUCGUGAAACGUCACCUUUGACUUCGGUAUUUUAUGAAACAUCCACACAACAGCAGAGUCAACAUUCCAAAGCCCAGUUUGUUAUCGCCACAAAUGCUCCACCUUUGAAUAUAAAACAAUUGGAAAACUGUCCCAUAAAGGAAGAUUUUCGCACUACAGCCUUAUGUGAACAGCUGCAUACUUGUCAUGCUUGUUCGGCAAACACUGCCUGUAUUUGGGAACCCGAACAUAAUCGUUGUCGUCCAUUUGCUGCAAUAAACGGUAAUCGGACAGUUGAUGAAAUCAUUUGUCCACCGUCGUGUGCUUCUCUAAGUAAUUGUCACAAUUGCACGGAAAACGAUUGUAUUUGGUGUCAAAAUGAAUUACGCUGCGUUGAUCGCAACUCUUAUACCGCCAGUUUUCCGUACGGCCAAUGCAGAGAAUGGACGACGCACACCUCUAAGUGUCGCACGGCACCAGCUGGUUUGUGGGGCAACUCAUCGGCUUUGUCAACAGCUCAGUGUGGUUUUUACAACAGUUGUUCGCAGUGUCUUGAUGAUCCAGCUUGCGGUUGGUGUGAUGAUGGCACAAAUACUGGUCUGGGCAAGUGUAUAGAAGGCGGUGCCUUAAAGCCACAUGAUGCCGCCGAAUGUCAAUCGAGUCAAUGGUAUUUCACCUCUUGUCCCAGAUGCAACUGUAAUGGUCACUCUAAAUGCCUGGAUUCGGUGCAUUGCGAACAACCUUGUUUGAAUCUAACUUUUGGUACUCAUUGUGAAAAGUGUGGACCUGGCUAUUGGGGAAAUCCCAUUAAUGGUGGCCAAUGCCAGAAAUGUGAUUGCAAUAGGCAGGGUGACAUUUGCCACCCCGAUACAGGUAAAUGUUACUGCAACACCAAAGGUAUCGUGGGAGAUCACUGCGAAAAAUGUGAUUCUCAAAAUCAUUAUCAUGGCGAUCCCAUCUCUUCAACCUGCUACUACGAACUCACCAUUGAUUACCAAUUCACGUUUAAUCUGUCGAAGAAAGAGGAUCGUCAUUUUCGACAAAUCAAUUUCCGCAAUUCACCCGUCAAGCCUGAAAUCGAUGCCGAUUUCACAAUAACCUGCAGUGUGCCGGCCAAAAUGGACAUUAUGGUUAAGCUGGCCGGCUCGCAGGAUAAGGUUAUAUUUAAUAAUAUUAAUUGUUCAACAUUUCGUCAUCGCUUCCCCAAGACCGAGUACCAAUUUGGUCAUUCGCCAGAAGACAAUAGUUCGUUGACCACGUUCUAUGUGUUUGUGCAUGACUUCCAACCGCCCAUUUGGAUUCAGAUUGCAUUCUCUCAGUAUCCAAAGCUCAAUCUGCAGCAGUUCUUUAUAACAUUUUCCACCUGCUUUUUGCUACUUCUGCUGAUGGCCGCCAUACUGUGGAAAAUUAAACAAAAGUAUGACAUGUUCAGGCGAAGACAACGAUUGUUUGUUGAAAUGGAACAAAUGGCCAGUCGUCCAUUUUCACAGGUGCUAGUGGAUAUUGAAAAUCGAGAAACUAUCGAUUUAUCAUUAACCAUGGAGGGAAUUUCUAACAUGAGCAAGAAACGUAAAAAGGAAUGUCCGAGCCCGAUAGCAUUAGAACCCUGCAGCGGCAAUCGUGCAGCCGUUUUGUCUCUUCUAGUCCGUUUACCCACAGGUGGUCUUCAGCAUGCACCAGCUGGUCAGUCGGCCGGAUUAGCUGUGGCCAGCGCCUUAGUAACACUUGGUAAUCCAAGACGUCCUUCAAUAGAACACUCUAAAGAGCCAAAAUCCAAACGUAAACAAAGCCAGCACCCUGAUAGUUGUACAUAAUAAUUGAUUAUAAAGUGUGUGUGAGCGUGUUUAAUUAUUAUUUUAUUUUAUUAUAUUUUUUUAAUUAUUAAUUAUUAUAUUAUUAAAUUAAAGCAGAUUUUAUUUAUUUAGAUGAUAAAUUGUAACUUAUUUUGUUAAUACUUAAAUUAAUAACGAUAAAUAAUGAUAAUAUUGUACUAAAGACAUUUUAUCCAUUAAGGUGAUACCAACAAAAAAAAAAACAAAACAAAAACAAACAAAAAUUGUCAUAUUUAAAAAAUAUACAACAAAAAACAACAACUUAUACAAUUAAACAAAACAAAGAAGAAGAAAAAAAAAGACAAAACAAAACAAAAAAAAAACUUAAUUCAUGAUUAUUAUAUUAUUACUUUGAGAUUAAGACACAUUAUAACUACAAAACAGAAACAAAAAUAUUAUAAAGGCAUAUAAUGUAAAAUCGUGAAUGUAAAACAAAACAACAACAACAAAUGCAAAUAUAAACAAACAACAACAAAAACUUUAAUGAUUCCAAGAAAACAACAAGAUAA